UCUCUACAACUUACACAAAAAUCAUUCUCAAUCACCAAAACCAAAAGAAAAAUCAUUCAAAAAAUGUUUAGUUUCACAGAUUCCGAUAUGUUCUCCCGGAGAUGCGUUUGGGUGAAUGGCCCCGUCAUCGUCGGAGCCGGCCCUUCCGGCCUGGCCGUCGCCGCCGGACUCAAAGACCAAGGCGUGCCGUUCGUCAUCCUCGAGAGAGCCGAUUGCAUUGCUUCACUGUGGCAGAAGCGUACCUACGACCGCCUGAAGCUCCACCUGCCGAAGAAGUUCUGCCAGCUUCCCGGUUUCCCCUUCCCGGAACACUACCCAGAGUACCCUUCUAAGAGGCAAUUCGUCGAAUACCUUGAGUCCUACGCCGCCAACUUCGACAUCGCCCCUCACUUCAACGAGUCCGUCGUCUCCGCCAAGUACGACGAGCCCUGCCGCUUGUGGAGGGUGAAGACCACCUCCUCCGGCGGCGCCGCCGCCGCCGAGGAGGUCGAGUACAUCUGCCAGAUGCUGGUGGUCGCCACCGGCGAAAAUGCCGAGCGCGUCGUCCCCGAAAUCGACGGGCUGAAGGACUUCGCCGGAGAAGUGAUCCACGCCUGCGAUUACAAGUCCGGCGAGAAUUACAGGGGGAAGAAAGUCCUCGUCGUCGGAUGUGGUAAUUCCGGCAUGGAAGUCUCUCUCGAUCUCUGCAACCACGAUGCUAAACCCUCCAUGGUUGUUCGUAGCUCGGUUCAUGUUUUGCCAAGAGAAAUAUUUGGCAAGUCAACUUUCGAGCUAGCAAUGUUUAUGCUGAAAUGGCUGCCACUAUGGCUUGUGGACAAAAUGAUGCUAAUCUUCGCAUGGAUGAUUCUCGGAAACAUCGAGAAAUACGGGCUUAAACGGCCCACCGUAGGCCCGUUGGAGCUCAAGAACCGACACGGAAAAACCCCUGUUCUAGACAUCGGAACACUUGAAAGAAUCCGAUCAAAAGAAAUUCAAGUAGUACCAGGAAUCAAGAAAUUCUCAUGCGGCUCGGUCGAACUCACAAACGGCGAAAACCUCGAAAUCGACUCCGUCGUUUUAGCCACCGGCUAUCGCAGCAAUGUACCUUACUGGCUUCAGGAAAGUGAAUUCUUUUCCAAGAAUGGAAUGCCGAAAGCCGAAUUCCCCAAUGCAUGGAAAGGAAAAGCCGGGCUUUACGCAGUCGGAUUUACGAGGAGAGGGCUAGCCGGUGCAUCUGCAGAUUCCGUAAAAAUAUCUCAAGACAUUGCCAAAGUUUGGAAGGAUGAUUUGAAGCAGAAGAAGCAAAAAGUCCCGACUCAUCGAAGAUGCAUUUCCACCUUCUGAUUAACCGGGGCCGCUUCGAUUCUUUCCAAAUUCUUUCGGUAAAAAAAAAAACAAAAAAACAAAUCUUGUAUAGAGAAAACAAAAAAAUGUGAGAUAUUUAUACAAAGAAAAAGCAGAUAGCAUAGCCCUCUCCAAGAAAAAAGGAAAAAGCCCAAGUUUUGGAAUGUUCUUUGGGCAUCUUGUUUUUAGUAUACAGAGGAUGAUGAGGCUUUUUUUUGUUAAUUUUUUUAUUUUUAUUUUUAAUUACUACUGACUUGUUCAAUUAGAUAUGUACAAUUUGUAUAAUUGAUCAAAGAAAUUCAAUGAAAAAAGAAGUCUUUUUUUUCCCUCCA